AUGGGAUUUGGAGGCAGUCGGCUGUGCUUGUGUCUCUUGCUUGCCUUUGCUUUAAUCUCCUCUGCCCGGAACAACAUUCCAUUUUCAGAUGGUGAGGUGCUAGUGGCCAUGGAGGGUAGAUCUUUGAUGGUGAGGACAGACGACUACAGUGACCCAACUGCUAAUCGUGGGCAUGAUCCCUCGUCCUCCUCCUCCUCCUUCUCUAGAGCCAAGGCUGGGGGCCGCGGUGGCCGAAAAGGCUAGCUAGGUUGAAGAGGCACAUAUUGCUCUAUAAUAUAUAUAAACAUGUUUUCGUUUUCUUUAAUUGGCUUAACCAAAGUUUGUGCUUACAUGGCUCUUGUUUUGCGUUGUAUGUAUGAACUUAAUAUGGCCAUGGCAGAUUCACUUGAAAAUGAUUCAAAAAUUUAAUUAUAUAGAUU